AUGAAGAUAUCGAGAAUUUCGCUUCUAGUGGUGGUCAAUAUCCCGCUUUUGAACACUGUAAAUGCCUCGUGUCUGUCGUCGUGUCAAUCGCAGCUUGUGCACUACCGCGAAGAGGCGUGUCAAAAAUGGCGUGAGAGACUACCACGCCCGGACUUGUUUAACCACUGCGGACAAGGAUUUAACAAAGGCAAGACUGCUGGAUGUGAAGGAUACUGCCAGACGGUCCCUGAACUGGGCACUAUGAAGUCGCUGCGUUUAGAUGCCUGCGCUUCAUUAAAGGGCCUUCCACCAAGCGAACGCCAACACGCGUGUCAGGCUGGAUUUUCUGCCGCUUUGGAUCUUGCAAAGGAUGCGGCUGAGCCUGAAGUCAUUCAAGAGGCUGUAGAAGUCGUGAAACCGAGCACUCAAGAAAGCCAAGGUGAUGCGGAAAAUGGACGUAAGCUUGAAGAAAAUAGUGUUCCUAAAAAGAAAGUCAACGGGAAAAAAAGUAUUUCAGGCACAGAUCGCAGGAAUUUGCUGGAGGAUGCCCGUAAAGAGGCUGAGGCCGCCUUUGCAAGCGUGCAGGAGAAUAAAGCAGCAGAACUUUAA